AUGGGCGACCUUCCGGCAGCACGUUGCACUGUAACAUUCCCGUUCAUGCACACCGGCGUCGAUUACGCUGGACCACUCAAUAUACGAGCAACCAAGGGGCGGGGACACAAUAGUUAUAAAGGUUACGUGGCAUUGUUCGUUUGUUUGGCCAGUAAAGGCAUUCAUCUUGAGUUGGUAAGCGACAUGACAACUCAAUCAUUUAUUCAUGCAUUAGAACGUUUUGUAGCUGCACGUGGCAUCUGCUCAGACAUGUAUAGCGACAGAGGUACUACCUUUGUUGGUGCUGACGCGCUCACGAAAGAAGAACUUAAAGAAUUUCGGAAGCAGUUGGACGCCGCGGCUAGCUAUGCCUCACGGACUGGUAUAAACUGGCACUUCAUACCCCCAGGAGCUCCAAACUUUGGCGGGCUUUGGGAAGCCGGCGUUAAAAGCAUGAAAGCCUUGUUAAAACGCACAAUCAACACUACAACACUCACCUUUGAAGAAUUUUACACAGUGCUCAAGCGAGUCGAAUCGUGUCUAAACUCUAGACCACUUACGGCACUCACAGAUGAUCCUACGGAUUUCGCUGCGUUGACACCAGGGCACAUGCUAAUUGGACGCGCUCUUACCAGCGUGCCAGAACCUAAUCUUCUCGAUACAAAGAGUGGUGUUUUGUACCGCUGGAAACAACUUAGCCAGAUAUAUCAAGACUUCUAG